AUGAGCACCAAGCUGUCAAUUGGCAAUGAAAUCAAGGAUUCAUACAAGGAAACUCAUAAAUGGGUUCAGAACAACGUGAAAUGGUUGAAAGAUAUAGAACAGUUCUAUCGUGAAAGGGCUAAGUUAGAAAGAGAGUACAGUGAGAAACUUGGCGGAUUAGCUAAGGAGUUUUUGAACCGAAAGAGUAAAAUAUCCGUCUCAUUAACUGUUGGCGAUACUCCUUCCACCACUCCAGGAUCUCUCGAAGCAGCGAGUGUUGUUGCUUGGAAUGAGGUGCUAUCGCAAACCGAAAUGAUUUGUAAGGACCGCGGUCAAUUGGCAGACGACUUUGAGCGUCAAACCGCAGAGCAACUGGCCGGAUUAUAUGCGAAGCUCGACAUGACCCUCACCAAAAUCUCUGGAUUCAAUGAAGAGAUUGUGAACAAACGCGGUAAUAUUGAACAAGAGCUUGAGAGAGCCAAGAAGAAAUAUGAUGAAGUUUGUGCAAGUAUGGAAAUGGCUAGGAACAAAAACACAAAAUCCUCAAAUGAACGUACCCAGCGCAAGAUGGAUCAGAAGGAAUCAGAAAUGAAUGUUGCCAAAAAUGAUUAUCUCAUCAAAAUCAACCAGUCGAACAGGGUUAAGGAUAAAUAUUACUUUCAAGAUAUUCCCGAGGUGUUAGAUUUGUUACAAGACUUGAAUGAAUCUCGUAUAGCUUUCCUCAAUGAUAUUUGGAGAUCGGCUAAGGACUUCGAAGUAGCAGCCGGUCAGAGAGUUUAUGAACGUCUGAAGACCGCAGAUACGGUGGUUUCACAAAAUCUUCCUUCUCUGAGUACCGCAAUCUUCAUCAAACACAACUUGAAGCAAUGGAAGGAGCCCAAUGAUUUUCGUUUCGAACCCUCGCCAGUAUGGCAUGACGAUGAGAAAUUCGUUGUUCCGACAGAGACUGAGCUAACCGACCUGAAGAUUAAAUUAGCAAAGGCCGAGAAAGCGUAUGGUGAAUUGCAAGACUUAACCCAGUCUGAAAUGUCCAAACUGUCUACUCUGAACCAGAGAAAGAAGGAAAUAAAGGCCAAUGAAGAUAAAAUUGAUUCGCAAGCAUUUUACGAAACUCUCAAAAAUUAUCUCUCAGUAGUAACUCCAUUCACAUCCCACGAGACAUUGAAAUUACAGGCAGAGGUACAGAUAGAGAGCAUACAGAACAAUGUUCCCGAAAAAUUUGAUCUCUCCACAAAUGAUAUCGAUCUGUCAAAGCUCAAGAAGAAAUCGGGUCUGUUCAACAAAUUGAAGCAUAACUUACUCCCAGAACCGGUAUCCAAACCUAACCACAGGUUCGGAUUGUUUGGUAAUAAUUCUGAAAAGAGAAACUCAGCCGUUCAAAGCUUUGACACUGACGCGGCUUCCGUUUCGUCGAGUGCCUCCCUAUCGACAAGUCACACUAAUCAUACGACACUCAACAAGAACAAGGUUCUCUACACAUACUCCAAGCAGGACUCGGACGAAAUUUCGAUAAGUGUUGGAGACUCAAUAUCAUUAGAGGCACCCGACACUGGGUCUGGAUGGACCAGAAUAAAAAAUGAGACGACGGGAGAAAUCGGGCUUGUUCCCACAACAUAUAUCGUAAUCAAGGAAGCAGGCACCCUUAAUAAGAGUAAAGAGGCUCCCAAAGUGCCGCCACCCAGGCGCACCACUCUGCCUACCAGAACCAUGGAGGCACAAUACGACUACGCGGCACAGGGCGACGACGAGUUAUCCAUCAACGUCUCUGAUGUUAUAAAAGUUAUCAAAGGCGACGACGGAAGCGGCUGGACCUACGGAGAACUGAACGGCAGGAAAGGACUCUUCCCAACGAGCUACUGUAAAUGA